AUGCUCGGAAGGCUGCUGUGGCUUGCAGCUACUACACCAGCGCUCGAGGAGGCCGCAGCCGCAGCUACUACACCAGCGCUCGAGGAGGCCGCAGCCGCGGCUACUACACCAGCGCUCGAGGAGACCUGCGCCCCCCUCGACGUGCGGAUCCUCUCGCGCGAUGAUGCCGACGAGCACGCGAACGCGUCGGCGCUGUGGCCGCGCGCGCUGCCGAACGCCGUCGUCGGCCCCAAGAACCGCGUCGCGCUGGCAGGCGCCUACGCCGACGAGGCGGCGGCCGCCGGCGAGGCCGGCGACGGCCGCAGCGGCUGGCUCAAUCUCCUCGCGUCGCACGAUCUCGACCCGAGUCCGUGGGCCGCGGAGCAGCUCGUCGCCAACUACCGCGCCGCGGGCUACGACUCCCUGGCCGACGGCGUCGCGAGGACGCCCGCCGCGGCCCGUCCGAAAGUGGCGCCGACGGGCGAGUUCGUCGCGCCCUUCGCGGCGCUCGUCGGCCGCUGGGACCUCUCAGCGCCGCCGCUCGGGCCGGAGGCCGUCGCCGACGGCAACCGGGCGCUGUACGCCGCCGCCGCGCGCGCCUACGACGCCGUGCGGGCGCGCCUGCCGCCGGACACGACGGCGACGGGCGUCAACCACGCGCUCUUCGAGUGGCAGAUGCGCGUGCUCCGCAAGACGGGCGCCGUCGCGGCGUCGCUGGGGGCCGUGCCCCUCUGGGCCGACGUUCAAACCGCGGCCCGCGGCGCCGCGCGCGAGCUCCUCGCGGCCCACGGCGGCGAUCCGGCAAAGGUCGACGCCGCGACGUGCGUCUCCUGGAUCUCCGUCCACGUCGUCGGCGACUCCGUCCACGAGCCCCACAACACGGACGACUCGCUCGUCGGCGGCGUCUACUACGUCUCCGUGCCGCCGGGGAGCCAGGACCUCGCGCUCUACGACCCGCGCGGCGCGCGGCCCUUCGACGCCGGCGGCGACGGCGGCGGCGGGCGCCGCGUCGCGCGGCCGGACGCGCCGUUCCACCGCACGGUGGAGCUGCCCGCGGCCGAGGGGGUCUUGGUGCUGUUCCCGGGCUGGAUGGUCCACCAGGUACUACCGUCCGCGGCGUCGUCGCGAGCGUCGGAGACGUACCGCGUCUCCAUCUCCGUGAACUUCAAGGGCGAGUGGCAGGACACGACGGGCCUGUCGCUCGCCUUCCCGCCGGGGACGACGUUCGGGAGCUAA